CAGAGAAACUAAAGGACUUUCCUGAGGAAUUGAAACCAAGUAAUCAUGAAGUAGAAAUCGAUGCACCUUUCGAUUUCAAGUGUUCCAGCAAGUGAGAGCUGAACUUAUGGAGCUUCUGAAUGGGAUUCGGGCUUCCAAUAGUACUGAAGUGCCAGGCACUGAAUCUGAAUGGAAGAAAAGGCAUUUUGUUGCGCAUGCUGACCGGAAGCAAAGACAAGAGGAGAGUUGGGAGGAGGUGCGGGAGCCAGUAUUGAGGUCAAUACUUAGGAAAAUGGGAAAACAUAGUUCAUCAUGUGCAGUUUGUGUCUCAUGUGCGUCGUCAGCUGUUAUCAGAUGCUUCAAAGAGUCGGGCUUCUCUACGAAAGCGUCUUGAAAAGGAGAGAAAGCAACUUCAGCAUUGUGUUAGUCUGCUGUCAUGUUUCUGUGGACGAAGUCACGCAAGAGGACUAUUUGUUGCCUUGGCAUAAUCCUGCAGGGAACAAGGGAGAAACAUUUGCUUUGAAGAAGAAAAUAGUUGAUAUACAUGAACACAUGACCAGGUACAUCGAGGAAUUGCCUGUGCUCAUUCAAGAGAUGGUAUCAACUGUUCUUUUCUUCAAGAAAAAAAUCAACACCUUGGAAGACAGAAUCAACACCGUGAACAAUGAGGCCAUCAAAAACCAAGAAAACCAUGGAUUGGUGAUGUUGCUGCUGGAAUCAAAGGAAUUCUACACAGACCUUCUCCUAGAAGCAACAGAUGUAUUUGAAUGUAUAGACACUGACAUAGAGAUCGUGGUGUAUUUUGAGGAAGGGGAGGUGCAACCUGGUGGUGAAGAAUUAAAUUCGGAGGAGGAUGCGUCCAGCUCUGAGGAGGAGGAUUGUGAUGACAUUGGCAUUGAGUACGUGUAAUUAACCCUUUGAAGCCGGAUUUAUUUCAGAAAUCCCGAUCUUUUUCGACUUGAUUUGGUCUAAGUUUGUCUAAAAGGGUAUAGUGUCCCCAAAUGUCACUCGAAGCUAACAAAGUAUGCCACGAGAUGCUAACGUUUUCGGAACUCUGUGGCAUCUCUUAAGGCCCUUGCAGAGGUUCUCAAGAAGCAUGUUUGUGAAUAAGGUGACUUUUUCUAGUGAAAGUUCGAACUUCCAAUGCAGUUUAUUGGGAAACUACGCCACAAAUCAGGUGUUGUGACGACCCUAAAAUGACGUCAUAUGGCAAAAAGUGUCAACUGAGGCAAAACUGUUCAGUGAGAGUUUUUUUUGCUCGUCUGGCGCUCAGGAAUCUGCCAACUGUUCGACGAUACAGCGAUGUUCCGGCCCUGGGGACAAACUUAGCCAUGAGGGGGGUACCUGCUGCUGGUUAAUUUUUUUAUCUGACCGCAGGGGGCUAGGCUGAUGUCCUGCAACUCCCAAAACGACUUAGAAUUAUUGCCGGACCACUAGGGACCUUGGAAAAUGCCUUUUGUUUAAUCUGAUAUAUUGUGAAUCCACCAAUUAUGUAUAAGCAGAUUUGUAUUACUGGCUGAAUGUGAAUUUCAGCAGCAAUAAAAUGAUUCUUGCAUCAAAUUACAUGCACUUGUUUUCAUUGUUGCUCACCUUGGGUGAACACAGCUGAUA